CACGGUUGCGCCACGACGACAGGCCAGACACGUCAUCGUAACCGUAACCGGGACUACCCCCGAGAGCACAGCCACGUUGCUUCUCUCUCUUUCUCUUUCUUUUAUCAAUUUCCUCCGUACGUAUCGGCUGGUUUACCAAGUACCGUGUCACACGCGACAUAGUAUCAAUCUCGCCACGCGGAUCCACCCGCUCCGAUUCAUCGAACUAACCCGCCCCCGCGCUGUCAGUUGCCUCCGGUGAAUCCGCAGUUCUCUGUGUGCGCCUAGUUCCGUAUGACCGGUCGACCAGGACCGAAGGAUUCGAGAAAGGUUCGUAGAUCGUUGAAAGACGGAAUGGGGAGAGAAGCGGAGGGUGGACAUUGUUUGUGAUCAUUGAAGAAACGAGAAAAAGAAGGGCUGAUCAUCGGCGACUGGUCGAUCCUGCCAGUGGACGAGUGCCUUCCUGUUGGGCAGAGGAAAUAGUAGUAGGAGACGAGCAGAAUACUGUUUUUUUGUCUUGUGAAAUUCGAUCCAAACGGCGAGAAGAAUGAAUGGAAGCGGUUCCACGAAUUUCCAUGCUCAUCGUUGAGGUCCGAGGAGAGUUUUGUUCCGUGGCCAGGCACGAUGAAUGGAGUCCAUCAGCGCCGAUAUCGGGACGAGUGAAUAGAAUUCUUGGACGCAGAUAAGGUUCUAAUUGUCUUCGGGACGAGAUUCAGGGUGAGAAAGAGAGAGAGAGGAAGGGGUGUAAUAAUCGAGUAACUUCGUACCGGUUGCUUCGAGCAACGAGGAAAGCGGCAAUCCGUACCUGAACACAACGAAACUUCCAUUCAACGAACAGACUGGACGCAUGUGUGCCGUUAGACGCGUUGUUUCUACACGGUAAUUGUGUUUAAGUGCGAAAGAAAACGCGAGAUAAUCGGUCCGCACGGGUUCUCGAGUUGCCGUCGCUCGCCGUAACCUGUCGCAGCUUCUGUCCCCGCUCGACAGAUCAAGGAUUUUUACGUUUACAACGAAGAUUAGCCGAGAACGCAGGCCAGUAAGCUUUCCAAAAAUUUUCUAUGCACGAAAAACAUUCCAUUUCGAGAGAUCCUCGAUGAUGGAGAUUUAUGAGAACACUUAGAAUCGCCGGCGGGUCCAUAUCAGGAUCUAAUCUCGAUUUUCUAUCUCAACUAGUUCCGUAUAUUUUUCGAAACUAAACGGACAAUUAGUCGAUCCCUUCUUAGCGGGCCUACAAUUCAUUUUCAACGUUCGUCGAUCGGAGCGUCGGCGAGGGUAUCGAAAAAGCGACGCCUCCGCUCGCGACAAACCGUCGGAUGCCGAGCGAGCGUUAUGUCAGGGCCUAGCCGCGUCAAAGGACUCGUUUUACUUCCCUCUUUGAUCGAUCUACGUGAGAAAAUAUCCUCCGAUCUCUAAUACCCAGGACAUCGAGUUUGUGUUCGAAACAGAAUCCAACGAACCCCGUCAGUUUCGAGACUGCUGAAUCGCGGAGUCGUUUGUAAACAAAAGUUCCUAAAAAUCCAGACGCAAAUCAACGAGAAAAUAUUUCAAUAUCUCAGCGAGAAUAUUCUACAGGAAAUUCGCUAGAAGAACAACGAUAUAUCCUUGAAGCCUGUUCCGUCAACGAGCCUGGCCAUGAUGCUCCAUUGACAGGGACGCGGUAGACUCUAGGAAAUAUUCAUUAAAAGAGGGAUUCACGAGUGGAAGAUGUCGUUUUGAGUGGUUAGGAUUAUCGAUACUGAGUCAAAGAUGCCGCAGCGAUCGCCGUUCGCGAUCCAAGAGCUGCUGGGGCUGAACGGUACCGGAAACGGAAGCGGUACCGAUCGAGGCUCGCCCCAAGGAUCACCGCCAGCCGGCGUCUCGGCGGUUUCUUACGCGCCCACCGCGCCUCAUCACAAACUAUGGGACUACAUGCCCAGCCUGACGAAUCAUCUCGGCAAUCUUGGCAAUCUUGGCAAUCUGGGCAACCUGACCGCCUCGCGGAUGGCUUACCUGAAUGCGCAGGCGGCCGUAGCGGCUGCCUUCCUGCCGCCGCCCCACCCCCACCCGGCCCACCAUGUACCGCAUCAUCAGGUACAUCAACCGGGACAACUUCCGGCCUCGCCGGCCGGCGUCAACGUGCAUCCGGCUGCUCACGCGCAGCAUGUACUUCCGGGAACCGCAGUCACCGCGAAUCAUCAUCAGCACAGUCCGACUCAGCACACGCCACCCCAUGGAUACUCUCAGUCGAAGAGCUCGUUUCCAAACGCCAGCCCAGGUGUGGGGCACAAUAUAGAGUCGGGAAAAGACUUCACCGUCGACGGUCUCUCUGGUUUCAGCAAAAAGAAGAAAAAGAAGCGCCGUCAUAGCUCCAGGACGAUCUUCACGUCACAGCAGCUGGAGGAGCUGGAGGCAGCGUUCAAGGAAGCCCAUUAUCCUGACGUGUAUGCCCGCGAGAUGCUCAGCCUUCGAACCGAUCUGCCCGAGGACAGGAUACAGGUGUGGUUCCAAAACCGGAGAGCAAAAUGGCGCAAAACGGAGAAGUGCUGGGGUAGAAGUACCAUAAUGGCGGAGUAUGGCCUGUACGGAGCGAUGGUACGACACUCGCUACCGCUUCCUGAAACGAUCCUGAAGAGCGCUAAGGAGAACGAGUCGGUCGCGCCAUGGCUGUUAGCUCAAUCAUCUAAGACGAGCAGCUUUAGUCAAGAUAUCGAAAAUAAUCAAGAAAUGAUUGACUGUGGCCCCGCAGGGAUGCAUCGGAAGUCAAUCGAAGCGGCGGAACAUCUCAAGUCCGGCGGCGAGGACAGCGGAAACGAUCACAAUGGAAGCGGAAGCAGUCCCCAUCACAAUCAUCAUCAAGGUGGACCGACCAGUUCCGAGAGCGGCCAAGAAAGUCAGGACGGCAUGGGACCUUCUUCGUCGACAGGAAUGGUUCAGGACACGGAGCAGCUGAGAAACGAGAGCAUCGCCUGUUUGAGGGCGAAGGCUCAGCAACAUCAGCUACAACUGAGCCUACAACCGACGCCAGCGCCUACCAGCACCUCGUACCCUGCAGGACCCCCGUCGAGCACGCUUCACGCUUCCGUUUAAUCAUCGUUUCAAACGUUCAUCCAAUUAGACAGCGUUCGAUACCUUCACGGACAAACUCAUAUCGAUCGAUCCUCCUUCGAGGAAUCGUCGAGGAACUCGUCGAAGACGUAACGUCUCGAGACGAUAAUCAUUACGCGACUUUACCUCGAGCUUUAGGUACGAUGAAAACCUUCGCGAGAGGUCGUAGAUCGUUCCUAGGAAGAAGGAAGUCGUUCCUCGUCCGCGAUGAAGGUUUUCAAUUUUCGACGAAGCAGGGUAAACAUUCAUUAAAGGAUACACACCACGAAUCGUAGAGAAACAUACACACAACGAAUACGAGUACGAGUUCGAUUUCGAACAAUGAUCUGGCCGCAUCAUCGAUGUCGCCCAGGGCCUAUGUAGUUCUCUGAUUUCCUUCGGUAUGACGAAUCGAUAGGCAUCGAUCACGAAGGGAACGCGGAACGAGAAUUAUUUCGAAGUCGGUCCUCAUCAACGAAACGGUGGCCUAUGGACGGCCAGUACAAUGACGAAUCAUCGAUCGCGGAUAAAGCUCGCUUUCAACGUUCGUCCAUCUAACGCUCGUUCGGAAAAAAAUGAAAUUAAAAAAGAGACAAUUGUUAAGUGAAAACGAACGAGCGAAAUGAAUCGACGCGACCUGGAAGACGAACAACUAAUUAGAAGUUAGAACCGCUUUAAAUAGUGCGAGUAUAAAUAAAUAUGUAUACAUAUGUGUGAGUACAAGAGAAUGAGAGGAUGAGCGCGUGAACCUUGUGUAAACCGUGAAACGAACAUUUCGCCUUUAGGAGACAUCCAAACGAUUUGCAACGAACGAUUAAAUAAAUCAAUCAAUCAAUCACAGCGACACGAGUGAGACGAGUUAACGAAUUAAUAGUUGUCAGACACAUCGAACUUAAUCAAAGCGGAGAAUCCAUGAUAAAUCAUUGAAACGAGAGAGAGAGAGAGUGAGAGAGAGUGAAUGGAAGAAGAAAGUUUCUUUGAAAAUGAACGAAACAGAGUGCAAAAGGACAAUGUUUAUUAGCGAACAAUUCCUAUACCCAAGUACUUAAAGAAGACGUAACUGUUGUCAAAUGUGCAAUAUGUCGGUAUAAGUUCUAGCUCCGUAAGUCAUUAUACUUUAUUUACGGAUACGACUACGUGAGGCGGCGAUGGUCGGGGUAAGGGUGUCAAAGGACACCAGCUGAAGACUUACGUUAAUUAACCAAUUGAUCGUAGGAUGCAAGGAAUUAAAAAGAACAAUAAAUCGAUGUAAACUAAUAAAAUAAGAAGAGAUACCUAAGCUCCAGCAAAUCACUUUUCAUGGGCUGAGAAAUCUUUUAGGAAGAUGAUCAUCUUUGCAUCCUAAGGUUAACAAAUUAAAGUGUUUAGAGCACGCGUUACAGAAAACUAUCCACAGCUGAUUUUUAUUAUUCCAUUUUCAAGCGAGUUUUCGUGCCGCGAUGGCGCCGUUACCUCGCGCCCCCCGCCCACUGUAUAUAAAUAUAUAAAUACAAGAUAUACAUAUAUAAAUAAAUAUAUAUAUAUAUAAAAGAAUAUAAAUGCAAAUAUAUGUGGUUACGCUGUAAACUAAGUCGAACGAGCCUCUUUGCGGUUUUGCACGACAAAAUCGGUCCCGAAACAAUUUCACUUUGCACUUCCUAGUUUUCGAAUAUCGAUCAAGUCACUUUUUGCACGUUUCUUUGAUUCGUUGAGGUAUGGAGGAAAAUAAAUAACUGGUCGUUAUGGAAAUGGGACGAGCAGAGGGUUUCGUUCGUCUUAGACCCACCGGAUUAUACACACGUAACGUAACGCAUUAUAAUUUAAACGAAACAAUUACGGGAUGAGGUAAUCACGUGCUGUGCGGAGGCAAGGGUGGAAAUGAAACGGAGUACGAUGGAAACAAGCCCAGUGGUGUUGUUUGUUAGGUACAAUGAACAACGCGUUUCGGAUCUCAAGCGAAAUCCCUGUAUCCGGAUGCCCCAACGCAUGCAUAGUAGUCGGCUAGUGUAUGUAAUAAAUAAAGUUUCUGAACAAAAUUA